GCGUAAAAUUCCCUGCUGCUUUAACAAGUUAGGGCAGGUUCUGACCGCAGAAUAUGCACAUUUCUGCAUAUGCAGAAACAGGUGAGUGACGUAGCACCCAAAAUGGCAGGGAAUAUUGUACGCUAACCCUAACCCUAUAAAGGUGUGUAAUAAUUUAACCUUUUGUUUUUUUGAAAACAAUGCCUCGCUGGUAUGAAAGAUACACUCCUUAUGUUUCCAAAAAGGUACCACAGGCAAUGUGUGUUCACACUCAGACCGACUGUCAGAGCUCUUCACAAAAAUUCCCUGGUAAGAAGAUACCUUCAUCGAUAUGUGCUAAAGGUAGUUUGCAUCUAUGAAUGGGGUAAGUAAAGACAUAGAAGCCUGUUCACCACUUAAACCUGCUGUUGGUGGACAGGAAGCAUUACCUUGUGAUGAAACUCACCUGGUUGGGCCAUGAACAUUAAAAGGGUGGAACUGGUGUGGCCUGUUUGGCGUUGUUGUUUCUCUCCACCAAUUGUCAAACCUGUCUUGAAGCAAGAGCAUGUAUUUAUAAGUUCCUUCACAAGUGACUUCCUCAUUUUCACCAUACUGUUGUCUGAUGACUGUCAACUCACUAACUCUCUGGAAAUUUCAAACAACAUACUUGGAACAUAUUUAUAUUUCCUUUCUGUAAGGUCGUGAAGCAGCGGUGUACUGUCUAAACAGGUGUAGCCUGUGCUCUGCAUCUCUCAGCAUGGGCCCCAAGAAGAAAAGUGUCUGGGAGAACCUGCGUGAGAAGACCAAGACCCAGUUUAACAACAUAAAGAAGAAGACAACCCCGGGGAAGCUGGAUGAGAAAAAGCCCAAGCCCCUGCAUUAUAGACGCAGUAUGUCAGUGCCGGAUCUGAGAAUGAGUGCACCUGUGGAGACACAAACUCUCUAUGAUGAAUCAGAAGAGGAGGACAUGGCAACCUUUAUGGGCAGAAUCCACAUGCCAUCAGACAAAUGGAACACACCUGCAGAGAGAUCAACUUCUUCUGCUUCUUCUACUUCAGCAGAAAGAGUAAAAAUACCAGCUGACAGAGGGAACUCACCCGUACCUACCCCGAAAUCAAAUGCUCCAAAUAUACAUGUGUGCACAACAAGAUUGACUUCAUCAGUGGAGGGAAUUAAUGUUUCUACAGAAAGAUUGCUCUUCUCUGAAGACAGAGUGGCUGCUAGGGACCGAGACAGAUUGAACAUCCCUCCAGAUAGAUGGUCUCUGCCAGUGAACAGGGUGGACAGGAUGGGCACCCCUGCUGACAGCAUGGACGGUUCUGCGUGUGGAACCCCAUUAGAGAAAGAACCCUACAUGUUCUGGCCCACUGACUCUGAGGACUUGGAUAUGCCAGAGCCCCCCGUAUCCACAGACAUCAGAGACAUCUUCUGCAGGGAGCUUCAGGAAGACAUUGAGUUACCCAACGAGCACAAUGACUUCUAUGCCCAGCCCUUGCAGGAUCAAGCAGGCAACAAUGCUAUGGCAGCAGAGAGCCAACCUGGUCCUAUUCAGAAGUACCUCCUCACUGUCAACCUGAAGGAGGGCAGGAACCUGGUCAUCAGAGACCGUAACGGUACAAGUGAUCCUUAUGUCAAGUUCAAACUGGAAGGAAAGACGUUUUACAAAAGCAAAGUUGUGUAUAAGAACCUGAAUCCAAAAUGGAGUGAGUCCUUCUCUUUCCCCCUGCAGGAUUGGGAGCAGGUUGUCGACGUGAGGGUCUAUGAUAAGGACCGUACCUCUGAUGAAUUCAUGGGUUCCAGCACAAUUGUGAUCAAAAACCUUGAAUUAGACAAGACCAGUGAGAUGGUGCUAAUUCUGGAGGACCCCAGCAGUCUGGAGGAUGACAUGGGCGUCAUCGUCAUUGACACAUGCCUGACUUUCAGAGAUGCUACGAUCAAAAGUCCAAAACGGCACCAGAAAAAUAGAAGAAGAUUUAGGGGAGGCCAGAACCAGAAGGGGGACCAGCCCCAGGAUAAGGACCAGACCCAGGGUUCAGCUGAGGCCACCAAUAUGAGCCAGCUGUGGAGUGGCGUGUUUAGUAUUACCCUGUUAGAGGGACAGGACAUGCCUGAAUACGGCCAGGGGGACGUCUAUGUGCGUUACAGACUGGGAGAGCAGAAGUACAAGAGCAAGAACCUGCGCAUUCAGGCCAACCCUCGGUGGAGGGAGAAGUUUGACUUCAACAAGUAUGAGAACUGGCUGGAGCCACUGAAUGUGGAGGUGUUUGUUAAGAGAGGCAGGAAGAGUGAGGAAUCCUGGGGAAUGUUUGAGGUGGACCUGUCCAAGCUGCCAGUAAACACACAGCAGCUCUACACACAAGCCCUGGACCCAGGCAAAGGCAGGCUGAUAUUACUGGCCACCUUCAACCCCUGCAGUGAGGUCUCCAUAUCAGACAUUAACAAACCUCCCCUGGAACAGCCAGACGAGAGGGACCAAAUACUGGAGAAAUAUAGUUUGAAGAACUCUCACAAAGGUGUGAGGGAGGUUGGCUUCCUUCAAGUCAAGGUUUUCAAUGCAACAGAUCUCACAUCAACUGAUCUCAAUGGGAAAAGUGAUCCAUUCUGUGUACUGGAGCUGGGGAACAGCAGGCUACAGACUCACACCAUCUACAAAACACUCAGCCCUGAGUGGAACAAAGUCUUUACAUUCCCAGUAAAGGACAUCCAUGAUGUGUUGGAGCUGAAGGUCUUUGAUGAAGACGGAGACAAAGCCCCAGACUUUUUGGGCAGAGUGGCCAUUCCACUACUCUCUGUUCAGAAUGGACAGCAGGUCACCCGAGGGUUGAAGAAUGAGAACUUAAGGGGUCCAGCCAAAGGGACCAUCUCACUGGUGAUGGAGGUCCACUAUAACCCAGUUAGAGCCGGCAUCAAAACCUUCAAACCAAAAGAGGAGAAAUUCAUGGAGGACAACAGAAAAUUCUCCAAAAAGGUCCUUGCCCAGAAUAUCUACCGAGUUCGGAAAAUCACCCUGGCAGUGCUGCAUACGUUACAGUACAUUAAAAGCUGUUUUCAGUGGGAGAGCAGGCAGCGGAGUAUAAUAGCCUUCCUGACCUUCAUGGUGAUGGUGUGGACCUGGGAGCUCUUUAUGAUGCCCAUCUUCCUGCUGCUGCUUAUCGGCUGGAACUACUUCCAGGUCACCCCGGGGAGGGUCAGCAGCAAUCAGGACCUGACAAACAUGAACAUGACCGAUGAUGAGGAGGAAGAUGAGAAGGAAUCUGGGAAAAAGGGACUGAUGGAGAAAAUCCAUAUGGUUCAAGAGAUCAUCAUCACUGUCCAAAACAUUUUGGAUGAAAUCGCAUGCAUAGGGGAAAGAGUCAAGAACACAUUCAACUGGUCUGUGCCCUUCCUGUCCUGCCUGGCCUGCUUGGUUCUCUUUGUGGCAACAGCAGCAUUAUACUACAUCCCACUGCGCUACAUUAUCUUCAUAUGGGGCAUUAACAAAUUUACCAAGAAGCUGCGCAACCCGUAUGCCAUUGACAAUAAUGAAAUACUGGAUUUCAUCAAGAGGGUGCCCUCUGAUGUUCAAAAGGUGCAGUACAGCGAGCUGAGAGCGCCCAGCGUCCAGAGCCCACCACGAAGGAGAAGGUAAGCCCCUUGGACGUGCUGGAUGAAAGGACCAGGCUCCUUCUGAAAAUGGCACGGCCCAGUCUGCUACGAUGACAACGCUCCAGUGCCAGCAGAACCUGCGACCCCUUAUCCCCCUGCUCCCCCCUCUCCCCUGCCCCGUGCUGCAGGGGUGCAGUCAGCCGCUCUCCCACUUGUGUUUCUGCCACCCCCCUGACAGGGGCUGUGCACUGCACCGGGCUAGGAGGGCAGCACAUGGAGCUGUCAAUCAUAGAGCCAGAGACACCAUCCGCCCACUCCGGCCCAGCUUGCAUCCAUUCAUGCAUUUUAUAAAAAGAAUGAGAGCUAGAGUUUGGUUUAACUCAAACCACUGCUGUUUUGCUUUUAUAGAUUUGAAUAGUAACACCUUGAUCAGACUUAACAGCCUCAUUGCAUCAAGGCUGCGUAAAAUAUUCUGCAGUCAAACUUUUUUCAUUAUGUAAUCCAACAUUUGUGCUGGAAGUGUAUGCAACAAAAGUUAAACAUUUCCCUUUUGCUACUAUUUCUGUCAAGUCUAUGCAUACAAUUUGAUGUUUACAUUGUAUUUAUCCAACAUAUGCACCACACGGAGCACACUGCAACUGCCUCUGCAACGCAAUGCUGCAAGUCAAACACAGCGUUACAUUGGAAAUUAAUGUACUUCUGAUGUACAAAAUGCGCCUUCGGUCAGAUCAAGGCGUUCAACUGAACUGUUGCAAUGCUUUGACUCAUUUACAUUUUCAUUUCAUAUAAGGUCAAAUACAAUACUGUAAAUGUGCUAAAUCCAGUUAUUACUUUGUGGUCACAUUUAUUUAUUAUUAUUAUAUAUAUUUUUUAUUAACCCCCCUUGUUUAUUUAUUUACAGCUUUUCUGCUACAAUUAACAAAUCAAAUCAAAUUGUAUUUGUCACAUGCGCCAAGU